AUGUCUCGCGCCUCACUCCUCGGCAAGCGGACUAGGACCGUCCAGGACCAAGAUGAAGUCCAGCUUCCUGCGAAGCGAACCAGAAGACAGACUCGAGCCGCACAAGAGAAUGACGAGAACGCAGACCCCGAUGCGAAUGCCACGUCCGAAAGCGAUUCCCAGGUCGACGAUGUUUAUGCUGAACCCUCUCCGAAGAAGCUCAAGCGUUCCCGCUCCCAAACUCUGGCUAAGGCGAUCCCUGUCACGCCUCAGACUCCCCGGCACCGAGAUGUCUUCGCCAAUUCCCCUUCAACCCCGCGAAUGGCUGUCAAGUCCGCCGGCAAGCUAUUCCAGAGAAUGACGCCGCAAUCUCCUCUCACCCCCGGCUCUCUUCAAACCGUCUACCACUCUGCACGACAACUCUUCGCCCGCGGUGCUGAUCCCGGUCAGCUUGUGGGACGAGAGCAAGAGCGCGAGCAGCUCUCUCAGUUUAUUCAACAAUGCUCAUCUACGAACCCCAGCGGAUGCCUCUACGUCAGCGGACCCCCUGGAACCGGAAAGAGUGCAAUGGUGAAGGAAGUCACAGAGCACUUGACCGAGUCAACAGCUGUGCGUCAAGCAACGAUCAACUGCAUGAGCAUCCGGUCAUCCAAGGAUCUCUACAACACCCUGCUUGACCUCUUGGGGCAUGACAGCGACCUCUCAGAAGCAUCGGCAAUGGAGGCGUUGCAAAAGAUCUUUGUGACGAAGAAGAAGGAUUCGCCAGUCUACCUCGUUGUCUUGGACGAGAUUGACCACAUCUUGACCAUGGGUCUGGAGAGCCUGUACCGCUUGUUCGAGUGGUCCUUGCAGCAGCCAUCUCGACUCGUUCUCAUCGGCAUCGCAAACGCCCUCGACCUCACGGACCGAUUUCUGCCACGCCUCAAGUCGAAGAACCUCAAGCCGUCUCUGCUCCCUUUUCACCCCUACUCAGCGGCCCAGACAGAUCAAGAGCAUUAUCACCACGCGCUUAAUGUCGCUGCUCCCAAAAGACAGCAAGCAAACAACGACUCCUUUCAUUCACCCUGCAGCUAUUGA